AUGAGUGAGAAAAUCUUUGUCAAGGAAUCCGACAUCAAGCAAUUCCCAGCAGAAUUGCAUCAUCCAUUAGCUCCUAUACUCUAUGCUGAAAAGGGUAUCAUGCCUGCCGCUACAAAAGAACAAAAGACAUGCGUCAUCGUUGUCACAAUGGCAGGUUUAUACCUUCUUCGUCCACAAUCUUUUCGUGGAUACAAGAUUGGCGCCUUUAUCAGUACUUAUGACUUAAUGGACAUUGAGAAAAUCAACGAAACAAGAAGAACUCUUAAGAGCAAACAUAAGUGUCUCUUCAUGGUUGCUGAUCACAUUGAUAUUGCUAUUGGUGAAAUCCUUAGAUCACGCGCCCUUCUUUUCCAGCACAUUGACGAUACUAAUCCAAUCAAAGUUCGUGGCUACAUGAAAUCACACGACUUAGAGGAAACAAGGUUAAACGACAUCUCUGUCCGUCGCUACUACUGCCUUUCAGUUGCUACUCAAUCCGCUUUAGAAGAAAGUUUGAUCGACUUCUUCAAGCAGGUAGAUCAAAACUACUCUCAUGUUAUCACAAUCCCAAGCCAUGUUCCUCUUCCAGAAGAUCCAAAGGCAUUAUAUGUCCCAAUUUGCUCACUUUCCAAUGUUUACCAGGUUAACUUCGAUAACGUUGCUCCAGAUUAUGUUUGCCAUGUCGCAUACAAGACAUUGAAGCACGCAAUCAACAUCAGAACUAUCAGAUUUGUUAAUUAUCAAACUAUGACACCAAAUCAACUCCGCUUUGACAAGUUCCAUGGACAGACCUUUGCUUUUGGCUUCAUCAACUGCAAGUUGUCAACAGACACAUGGAUCCAAAUCUUCACCCAGUUCGAGAAACUUGAUUGCUCUGUUAUCAAGUUCCAGGUCAAGCAAUGCGAGCUUACACAGGAGCAGUACGAGCUCAUCAUCAUGGCUCUCGCCAGAUGCAGAUGCUUCAGAACAGUCGAAAUUCUUGAUAUCGAUGGAAUCGUUUUCGAUGGCUUCUGGAAACCAAACACACCACUUCUUUCCAGCAAGGUCAUCGAAUUGGAGAGAUUCCUUACAGCUUAUUCCCUUUCACAGUGGAACAAGCCAUCUGUUUUCUGCAUCCCACACUUCUACAACUCAUUCAUGCUCUCUGAGAUCUGCCUUCGCGGACAGGACAUGAGCCAGCAAGUUGAGCCAUUCAUUAUCCCACCAAACCUCAGAACAAUCGACCUCGCAAACUGCCAGUUCACAUUUGCCGCUCUUCGUGCUUUCUUCAUCUCUCUUGCAUCGUUCAACAGGCACAUGAACAUUUCCUUUGCCAACUUGAACAUGCCAUCCGCUCAUUGGGAAUCAUUCUUCGACCAAAUUAACGAAAUCCCACGCAGCAAGAUCAUCUAUGAGCUUGACUGGUCCGGCAACAAGAUUUCAGACAAAUACGCCCAAGCUCUCGGUGAAUUCCUCUUCAAGGAGAAUCCAGUUCACUACCUUGCUAUUGAUUACAUCUUUACAGCAUCAACACUCAAUACUCUCAAGGUAUUCCUUCAGAGCUGCGACCCAAAGAAGCUUUGGGGCUUCUCAAUGAGAGGCAAUGCUUCUGCCAACGUGAACAAGCUCAUCUCAAGCCUCUUCAUCAUUCUCGAAGAGUUCACAGAGAUUACAGUCAUCGAUAUCUCCGGCCAGUACAUUACAUCCGAAGGUUUCAACAAACUUGGCGCAUUCAUCCAGAGAAGAAGAGUUCGUGAAGUCAGCGUUGACAGUACAUCAAUCGAAUCCCUCGACAAGUUCUACGAAUUAUGGGAGAGCUUACUUGCCGUCAGAUAUCUCAAAGCUGUCGGCCGUCCAUUCCAGGAUCUCGAGAGAUUGCACGCCAGCCUAGACGACUUCAAGCAGAAGCAGUUCAGAGAGGCCAUCAAGAAACUCAACAUGCCAAGUACAAGAAGAAUCAGAGAUAUGUACUACGGAUCAAGAGAAGCCCAGAAUGGCUACCUCACAGAAGAAGUUGAGAGAUUCCACAAGAUCUAUCCAAGAAUCCUCAUCGAAGAGGAAAGCCGCGAUAUCUACGGAAUUCUUCCAGAUUAUCCAGCUGAAGCAAGACCAUCCAUCUUUGCUUCAUCAGAUCGUGAUAAGCAAGUCCCACUUGAAGAAAUCCAGCAGAGAUCUCUCAUCGAUCCAUUCUUUGCUCCAAAGAUCUUCCCAAUGCAGUACGUUUUCUUCAUCCCACCAAUUCUUGGCGACGUCGCAAAGAAGCCAGGCCUUCUCUUCAAGACAGAGGCCAAGGAGCCAAACGAGAUCGAAGCUGUCAAGUUCCAGAAGAUGAUGGAGACAAUGCAGUACUCGAAUGCCAAGGAAACACUCUCAAAGUCUGUUGUUGUCGAGGAACAACCAGCAGAACCACCAACCCCAGUCCAGCAGACAAAGGUUGAAGAGGUCAAGGUCACUCAGACAGUCACUGUCGUCAAGGAGGAACCAAAGAAGCCAGCUCCAAUCAACAUCCCACCACCACAAGUCAUGAUCAGGGAAGAGCCAAAGCACACACCUCCACCACCUCCUCCAGCCCAGUCAUCAGGUGCAGCACCCCCACCACCUCCUCCUCCACCACCAGCAGCCGCAGAGAAGAAGGAGGAAGAGAAACCAGGAGAGCAGAAGAAGUGGGUUCCAAAGGCACCAGAAGGUGGACCACAGCCAGUCAAGGUUAUGCCAGUUGUCCCUCCAAAAGUCGAGGAGAAGAAGGAACCAGUUCCACAGCCGAUGACACCGCCAUUACAGGCAAAGCAGCCAACAGAGUCAUCAGAUUCAUACUCAUACAGCUUCAAGCCUGUCAAAGCUCCACCGCCACCAUUCAUCCCAUCUAUCCCACCACCAGUUGCUGCUCCAUAUGCUCCACAGAUCGUCCACGUUCCAGAGCCAUCAGAGCAGAAGAAGGUUCCACCUCCACCAGUCGUUGCUCCACCACCACCAAAGGAAACACCUCCACCACCAGUUGUUGCACCACCAAAGCAAGUUCCACCACCUGUUGUUGCUCCACCACCACCAAAGGAAACACCUCCACCACCUCCAAAGCAAGUUCCACCACCAGUUGCAGCUCCUCCACCACCAUCAAACGAACCAGCUGUGAUGGACAGAGAGCAAUACAGAAAGGUCAUGGCCAUCGAGCCAACACCAUGGCGUGUCGAUGAUCCAAGGAACAACCCAGGCUAUAAGCCAGAGAACCAGGAAGCUGAUGCUGAUAUCCAUGCAGCUCCUAAGCCAGAGCCACCAGCACCAGUUCCACCACCAAAGCCAGAGAUCAAGUUCAAGGAGAUCGAGAUCGCCAUCCUCGAGAUGUACGGUGCUCCACAGCCAUUCAGAACAUUCGAAGACGGCCCAGCAUAUCACAUCACAAUCCCAGCACCAAAGAAGGACAGACGCAAACAACUCAAGGAGUGGAACAACGAGAGGUCGGGCAUUCCAUUCUCACCGAUCUCAGAGACACCAGCUGUCCAGGAUCACACAUCAGUCAGACCGCCAAGACUGCGCAUUCCGCUUAUCCCAGGCGAUCUCGAGACACUCAAUGUCUCAGUCACAUCAGCUUCCAGCGUUUCCAAGCCAGAAGCACCACAAGUUUACAUGUUCAGCAACUCCGAGAGAGUUCACUCAUUCGCAGCAGAGAACUUCAAGCCUCUCCAGCCAGUCCAGAUGAGAAAGGUCGAAGGCGAAAAGAAAGAUGUCGCCCCAGCCGUUGUCAGAGUUGAAGUCCUCGUUAUUCCAUCAGUUCCACCACCAUUUGAAGUUCCACGCAUUGAAAGAGAUAUUGCUCCUUCAUUCAGAGCCGCAUCAUCCAGUUCUCAAACACCAAACGCUCCAAAUGCUCCUCAAGUAUAUAUGUACUCCAACAAUUCACGCGACGCACAAUCAUUCCAAGUUUCAUCUGCAAAGGGCGCAACAGCUCCAAAGAUCGAUACAGUUACUCCAGCUACAUCAGAGCAGAAGGUUGGACCAGGAGAACACCAGGAUGUCAGUGUUCCUGCUUCACCAGCUCCAUCUAACGAAUCUAUCCCAUCAUCUAUCUACAGAACAUCACCACCAAGAGUUCCUCUUUCUUCAACCGUCGGACCAGCUCCAGUCAGAAGAAGACUAGGACCACCAGAGAUCAUUGUCUUGGGUCCACCAACUUCUUGGUAA